AUGGAAGUUCCGAAGGAUCAAAUCGCCACUCUUCUCGAACACGGCAUCUACAACUCCGCUCAGAUACUCGGUUGUUUUCUCGUUUCUUCACCUGCUGCAAAUGCUGAAUCUGCCCCACACCUCAAAACUGAGAGCUUGGUGCUACUUGGUGAUUGUUUCUUUCGUGAAAGGGAGUAUCGUAGAGCCAUUGUAAGAGACUGUGCUAUCUCUUUCUCCCUUUUGCUUAUGCAGUUGGAAACAAUUGCUUAUUUUCAUACCUAUAAACAAGCUUUGCAAUACUACAAGAUGAUUCCAAAACAGAACACGACAUCUUCUCGAAGUUCAUUGUCGUCAAACCGAUCUUCGUCUCCAAAUUCUUGCAAUGGAUCAGUGAUUAAUGAGAAUGAGGUGAAGUUCAAAAUUGCAUCAUCUCACUGUUUUCUGAAUGAGAAUAAAGCAGCUCUAGUGGAGAUGGAAGGAAUUCCAAGCAAAGCUAGAAAUUUGCCGAUGAAUUUGCUAUUAGGGAAACUAUAUCGAAUAUCUAGGCAUAGCCGAGCUGCUGUUGCUAUUUACAAAGAAUGUAUAAGGCAUUGUCCUUAUCUACUUGAGGCUAUCACAGCUUUAGCAGAACUGGGAUCUACUGCAAAGGACAUCAUUUCAUUGUUUCCUCAGACUCCAAAUAGAAGUGCUAGGGCUCCAUUUGAUCACACUGAUUCAGGUCGUUGGCUUCAACGCUAUGUUGAAGCUCAAUGUUGCAUGGCUUCAAAUGAUUACAAGGGUGGAUUGGAGCUCUUUGCAGAUCUUUUACAGCGUUUCCCUAAUAAUACACACUUACUACUUGAGAUGGCAAAGAUUGAAGCUAUUAUUGGAAAGAAUGAAGAGGCUAUUAUGAAUUUUGAAAAGGCCCGGUCAAUUGAUCCAUACAUCAUAACAUAUAUGGAUGAGUAUGCAAUGCUUCUAAAGCUAAAGUCUGAUUAUCUAAAGAUGAACAAGUUGGUACAUGAUUUAUUGAAUAUUGAUCCUGCAAGACCAGAGGUUUUUGUAGCUCUAUCUGUUUUAUGGGAAAGGAAAGAUGAGAAAAAGUCAUUACAAUAUGCUGAGCAGAGUAUUCGGAUCGAUGAGAGGCACAUACCAGGGUAUAUAAUGAAGGGAACUUUAUUGUUGACGAUGAAACGGGCAGAAGCAGCUGUGCCUGCCUUCAGAGCAGCUCAAGAAUUGAGACCGGAUAUUCGUUCAUAUCAAGGUUUGGUUCAUACAUAUUUGGCUCUUUCUAAAAUCAAAGAGGCUUUAUAUGCCUCAAGAGAAGCAAUGAAAGCAAUGCCUCAGUCAGCAAAGGCUUUAAAGUUAGUUGGUGAUGUGCAUGCCAGUAAUUCUGGUGGCAGAGAAAAGGCAAAAAAGUUCUAUGAGUCUGCACUAAGACUAGAGCCUGGUUACCUUGGAGCUGCACUAGCUUUGGCUGAGCUCCAUGUUAUCGAGGGUCGAAAUGGAGAUGCUGUUUCUCUACUCGAGCGAUAUCUUAAAGACUGGGCUGAUGAUUCUCUUCAUGUAAAACUUGCACAAGUUUUUGCCGCCACUAACAUGCUUCAGGAGGCUUUGUCACAUUAUCAGGCUGCAUUAAGGUUUAUCUCUAUUUCAAAAAUAUCUUUCAAGGUGUUAUUAUUGAAGAAUUUGAUUUGGCAUCAGUUGGAUUAG